AUGGCUGUGAAUGAUAUCUAUUACAGUGUCCUGCAGAAUGUAUCUGAAACUGUCGUCGCUCUUGUUGCUGAAGAAGGUGCACAUCACUUAGAUCUGCGUUUUCCAACAAAAGAAGAUCCUAAGUGGUUUAUUGAGCAAAGGGAAACUGAAAUUAAGCUGAUAGAAGGCUGGAUAGAAAAAUUCUACCAAGAACGAAAAGACCUUGAGAAGCUUUUGAUCAGCUUAUUUAUACAACUUACAAGUCGAGGCAUAGAGUACCUACAAUUUGAAAGAACAGUAACAACAAUGGAAAGCAGAGUAACAAUUUUAUUUACUUUCCUAUGCAUUAGCAUAUAUCUUGAGGCGACAAAAGCUCGUCAUCAUCCAAUACUCCGUGCUCCGACAGCAAACCCUCAAGAAUUUUUAAAGGUUCACAACAAUGUACGACGGAAAAUUGGCCUACCGCCCUUGCAGUGGGACGAAAAACUAGCAGCGGUUGCUAGGGUUUACACAAAAACGAGAGCGACCAUAGACUGCAGGAUGGUACACUCGAUGGGCCUUUAUGGGGAGAACAUCUUCUGGGGCGGCGGGAAACAACCAUGGGGAGCGAGGUUCGCGGUGAAUUCGUGGUCACAUGAGAAGUUGUUCUAUGAUUACAAGACCAAUAGUUGCAAACCCGGGCAGAUGUGUGGGCAUUACACGCAAAUGGUGUGGAAGGACACAAAGCGUCUGGGUUGUGCACGAGAGGUUUGUAGCAAUGGAGCAGGGGAGCUCAUCAUAUGCAACUAUGAUCCACCUGGGAAUUGGGCUGGAGAGAAACCCUAUUAG